GGCCGGCCAUGGCGAGCGUGCAGCAGGGCGAGAAGCAGCUCUUCGAGAAGUUCUGGCGCGGCACCUUCAAGGCCGUGGCCACGCCGCGCCCCGAGAGCAUCAUCGUGGCCAGCAUCACGGCCCGCAAGCCGCUGCCCAGCAGCGGGACGCUCAGCUGCCUGUCGUGCCCUGCGGAGGACAGACGUCCUGAAAAGCCAAGUGGCAAUGCAUCCAAGGAGGCCUCCACCGCCAACGGUUGUGUGAAGGGGAAGGAGAGACGCGACCAUGCUCGCCACCGGUCACGCAGCCGCUCAUGCGAGGGGCAGCGCACGCCGCCGCCACCACCGGCCCGGGGGAAGAAAAAGAAGAAGAAAUCCGGCCGCAAGAAGCGAAGGAGGUCCCCCUCCUACAGCCCCUCGCCCGUGAAGAAGAAGAAGAAGAAGAGCGCGAAGAAACGAAAAAGAAACAGGUUAUCUUCAAAGAAGAGAAGACACAGUUCUUCAAGCCCCAAAAGUAAGAGAAAGGAAGAAAGAAAACACAAAAAACACUCUCAUGGGCGGCCCCGGAAAUCUCAUCGCCAUCGCCACCGCCACUCUCGCUCAGAGAGCUCCGAUUCCCACUCCCCUAACUGCCGAAGCAGGCACAGGGCCAGGUCUCGGGAGGAAGGGCGUAAAACACGGCGAAGACGCUCCCGGCAUCGUUCAAAGAGCACUGCAAAGCGAAGCUCCUCUGCAGAGGUUCAGGCCAGCCAAAAAGCCAGCCAAACCCUCCCACUCUACAGCUUCCUGUCUCCCAAGGAAGUAAUCUCUCAGUCAGGGUCUUCUGCUGACCUCUUUACCAAAACAGACAGCCCGCUUGGCAACCUAGCCAGCCAGAACGGAGAGUAUCAUGAAUAUGACUCAGGAAACGAUACUUCCUCCCCUCCCUCCACUCAAACGAGCUCCUCCAGGUCAAAGGACAGCCAGGAGAAAAGAAGUCUAGUCCAUGAUGGCUUUGGCCAUGCCUUCUCGUCCGGGAAGCCCAAACUGGCCAACAGCGAUAACAGCUCUGAUUCAGGAAAUUCCUUCACCAGUUGCUUUUCCCAGAGCAAGGGAACAGCUUUGGAAAAUCUAUCUCCAGAUGCCCAGGGACAAGACCGAAGGGCGGCUCACCGCUGGGCUAACCCCAGUUCAGAACCAGGGCACGUCUCCUGGAGCCGGAGGAAUUCCUGCAGCCUCGUGCAAAGGCGAUGGGACGCUCACACUCGCUUCCCGCCCGUGCAGCUCCACGGCCAGGCCGGGAUCACGUGCCUUUGCCCUGCCACGCUCCACCUUUUCCCUGCUCCAGGAUUUCUCCCCGCCUUGCUCCCCGCCCAAGGGCCUGUACAGCUCACUGGCCUGGCCCACGCUCUGCCAACCAGACACAUCUGCUGUGUUGGUCGUGGAGCAGAAGAUCUGCCAUCCAGCAGGACCACAGGAGAAGGCACCAACGCCACCUUACACCUCUCCCACAGCCUGUCCCUGGCACCAGCCUGGAGGGUGGCUCUUGUGCCACGACCCAUGCAAUGUGUCUCCUGCAGCAGGAACUUAGGAAGCUGGGAGGUUUUUUAUCCCCAGGUGGGGAACGGGAGGACGGGAGUACUGCUAGCUGAAGCGUGGUGCUCCCCACGGCCAGGGACUGGUCCCAGCUCAACCACAGCCUCAGUGGCUGUCCAAACGUAUGUUUGCAGAGGGUGCCUGUCUCUGUAUCUUGGCUGCUCGGAGAAGAAGCGAAGCUUCCUCACGUCCCCAGCCCACAGCUCCCCGCUGAGGCCGAGCUCCCGCAGCGAGUCGUCCGGCAGCACGGGCAGGUCCUCCCCCGGCUCCAGCCGCUCCAGCCGCUGCCGCUCCUUGCACCGCAAGGCCUCCCCCAGGUACUCCCGAAGCAGAUCCUGCUCUUCAGGGAAGAGGUCUUAUUCACGUUCCCCCAGCUAUUCGUCCAAGUCCUGCAGAAAAAGUCCUGGGAGCAGGAGCUCAAGGCCUCGUCGGAGCCCCAGUUACUCCCGCUACAGCCCUGGCAGAGACCGUGAGAGAGAGCACAAGUACGGCUCCAGUGAGAAGGAGUCGCACAGGGAGCGUGACCGGAGGCGGCGACAGAGGUCCUAUUCGCCCCUGAGGAAACGCAGGAGAGAUUCUCCCAGCCACCUGGAAGCUCGGCGCAUCACAAGUGCCCGCAAACGCCCCAUCCCCUACUACCGGCCCAGUCCGUCCUCCUCCAGCAGCGCCAGCAGCUACUCCUCCUGGUACAGCAGCUUUAGCCGCUCCCCGAGCCGGAGCCGGAGCCGGAGCUACUCCAGCUACCGGACGAGCCGGAGCCGAAGUUGGAGCAGCAGCAGCGACAACGGCAGGAGCCGCAGCCGGAGUUCAGGCCCCAGAAGCAGCCGCAGCAGGAGCAAGAGCUCUGACUCAGGAGGCAGCUCCGACAGCCUCCGUCGCUAGGGAGUGCCGGCGACGGCUCGCACGCCGACGUUGUCUCCAGAUUCCUGGCAUUCUCCACUUCCUUCCCACCUACCUGGCCAUCGAUAACAAUCAUCCCCGAUCCUGAUGUGGUGGCAGUGCCGGGUCUCCCGUCCGCAGUUCAGAGUAAGAGCCCUCGUGCGCCCGGCGCAACCCCACGAGGAGGCAGGAUCCUUCGUGGCCUCGCAGAGCGUGGGGGACGUCCCCGCUCCCCGGGCCAGCGCCAGAAGGAGGGUCAAGGCUCUACAGAGGGUCUCUAAUGGCAGACCUGCUCCACCCACCCCAUCGUUGUCCUUUCUCCAAGCACUAGCAGUUGGUCCAAAAGAGAGCAUUUAGCUGCUUGCUUUUCUCCUGCCAAACCAAGAGCCAGCAAAAUAAUUUCCAUGGGAGGGAGAGUCACGGUUAGGGAGGAAUUGGCUGGAAGGCUUUGGUGAUGCGUGGGGGUGAGCCUGUCUCUGCUAAGGCAAAUACCAGGGCCCUUGGGUUUCUCCUCCAGAGUUUCUGCCCGCUCUGCAGCAGGCCUCUGCCAUGAGAGAUAAUUUAUUUGUUGCCAGUCAGCCAGUCCCUGCUAUAAAUAGAAGGCUAGAAAUCCCUCCUGACGUGAUUCCUGCAGAAAAGCAAGCUACCCCCUUCCCCCUGUCCUUUCCUCCCAGGCGUGGGUUCGUCUGUCAGCGGGUCGUGUUUUGUUCCCCUGCCCGCGCUGCGACUCGCUCGUGAGCGCGCUGCGGAGGUCCGAUGCAGACGCGGGGCUGGUGGGGUGCAGCGGGAGCGGGGAGCCGGCACCGCACGGCGCUCUGAGGGGCGGGUGCAGCGCAGAUGUUGGAGUCGUGGGGCCCGGGUUGGGUUUGCUGUCUUGGAGGACCCCUCUUGCAGUUUGGGGGUUGUUUGUUUGGUUUUUUAAGGGGAUCCUUGCCGGGGAGCUGCGCAUGGCUGGUGGCACCGCAGGGAGAGAGGACGCUGGGUUAAUCCCAGCAAGACGCCCUAGCUGAGGGGUGUAGCACGAGCAACUCAGCACCCUCGUCUGCAGCCGCCCAGCCGCCCCCACCCCGGGGGCUGCGGACGGGGCCAGCUCUCCCCGUCCUGCCCAGGCAGGCCAGCAGCACGCCGCGCUCGGGGCAGAGGCAUCGCGCCCCGGGUUUGUGCCGGUCGGCGCAAAGGCAGAGGGGUGUCCCCGGGGCUGAGGCCAUCCUGCCACGGGGCACGUUUGUCCUCUGCGUCCUCUACGCUGCUGCAGCAGGGGCUGGCGAGAGCCGCUUCGGCGAGCCGGGGUGCACAGGGUUAAGAGCAUGUUGCACGAGCCAGGGGAUCGCAACUUCCCUCUCUGGCAACAGGCAGCAAUUUUAAGCAGCACCAGGGGGAUUUCAGGAAAUCAUUUUGCCUUGAGGCUGUCAGGUGCCCCUCAAAGGCCGGAUUAGCAGGCGGAGCAGCCCGGGCGCUCCCUCCCCGUCUGCCCGCAUAAGGCAAGGGGAUGUUUUCCAUUGCUCGCGCUGCACGCAGCCGGAAGGACUCCGGUCCCAGCUCCAGCCAUGGGGCUAUGGAGCAGUCCGUCGGCCCCUCCGCCUUCCCGCCCUCCCAAUGCUCUUCCCUGGGCGCAGAGCUGCGGCAGGGAGCACCCGCGCUCCCGGGGCCUCGGCGGGAGGAUGGCGCAGGACCAAGGGGGGCUCCGCUAAUGGCCCAUUUUUCCAAGGAGCCGCUCGCUGCCCUGGGCCCCGCGUUUUUGUCUCCCUGCCAGCGCUGCCAGCCCAGCUGGCUGGGCAAUUACUGUGUUUCGCAGGGUAACAAAGGCUUCUCCCCGCACAGGCUGAGCUGGUGCUGAGGAGUUUCUUUCUCUUACAACACCUGGGUGCUUAGAGAAGCUAAUUUGGGAUUAAGCCUGCCCUCCCUCCCUUUUUCCAUCCCCUCCCCUUCCAUCCGGCAUGCUUAUUAACGAGCUGGAGUUAAUGAGUCAAGGAGGUGUGUCCUUUAAGUGUCACAAAAAAGGGCUAAGUGGAGGCGGCAUCUGCAAGAGGAGAAGGAGGGGGGCAUGGAGAGCUGCAAGAGGAGAAGGAGGGGGGCAUGGAGAGCUGCAAGAGGAGAAGGAGGGGGCAUGGAGAGCUGCAAGAGGAAAAGGAAGGGGGUAUAGAGAGCUGCAAGCUCACCCGCUACAGCACUACCUGCAGCCCCCGGGGCUGCUGGCACAGGUAAACGGGCUAAGCUGUGCGCGGAGGAAGGCCAGGGGCAACGUGUUGUUCUCAUGGAUCUGAAUUCCCUCUCACCAAGCGUGUAAGCACGUGUUGUCUGUUAGCAAGCACAGCAGUGUGUGUUGCACGUGUACCUGGGCAGUGCAAGAGGCGGUUUUAUGCUGGGGGUCCCUGUCUGCAGGUAGCCUACCCCUGCUGAUCCCCUGGGCUCGUGCCUUCAGCCCCGAGAGCCCCCUUUUCCCCAGGCUCAUCGCCUGCUGCCUCGCUCUGUGCAGGUGAUCUGAGGCUGAGGGCAGCAGUGUGUGGCUGCAUGUGUGUGUACACACACGUCACCGUUCAGGGUUGCUGCUGAGGUUGGUGGCUUCAGGAGGCCACGUGGCCGAGUCCCAGGAGGCCACCCUCCCCAUGUGGAAACGACCGCUCUUGGCAGGGCCGAGGAAACCGUUUAAGGCUGUGAUUGAGGGCUCAGAAGUGGGUGUUUGCUGGGUUGUGAAGCACUCGUAUAGGCAGCAGUGGGGUGCCGGCUGCCCAGGGCACCCCGCUGCCAGUGGUCUUCUGCAGCAAGGUCCCUUCCCUGUAAAGGGGAAACCUUGUGCUUCUCCCCCAAAGAGUCUCCCCCAGCUUGAUCUCCAAACACCCUGUCCUUCCGCUCCCUGGGAAGACCUGAUCACGCUGGCUGGACACCAAAACCCAGACCCCAAAUCUAGUGAUUUUACAGGAGUAGCCUCGUGCCCCUUAGCACCCCCGACACGCAUGCGCACCUGCAGCAGCGAAGCAGAGAGCCAGGUGGAGAAAAGAAAAGAAGCAGCUUUGCGGAACUGGUGUAAAUAUCAAGACACAGCGUUGAGCUGAGUCCCCUGUUGACGGGGACAGGCGAACAAGGCACCACGUCAAGGGGAGCAGCGUGCGUCGAUCAUGGGAAAGGAGCUGACGCCAAGGGCUGCGCUGGGCUUACGGCAGCUCUGUGCCAGGCGUGCUGCUCCGCGCUUGCAGCACUGCCUCCGAUCGUGCAGUCCACGGCAGCUAAACUCUCCUGGGGUUUCCCGGUCAGACUUGUAUUGGAGUACACCUCUUAACUUAUUUAUUUAUUAUUAUUAUUAUUAUUCUAUUUUUAAUUGUAUGUCAGAAUGGAUGCAAGUGGUUGCCGUUAACAGUAUUUAUUUAUUCUAUUUUUUGGGGGAACAAUAAGUUAUUUUUGGAUCUGUUUGUUUGUUUGAAUGUAUCCAUGCCACUGUUCAUGCCUGAAGGUUUACAGCACUGGCCCGCGAACGGCAUGAGCCCUGUGUCCCUGGGGAAGGGGCAGCAGCUCCUGGUGCAGCCUGCGGCAGGGCGCUGCCUGGAUGUGUGCGUCCAGCUGCGCUCCCCGGAGCAAGGUGGAAAGCGUGUGAUGGUCCGAGGGAUGCAAGGGAGAGGGUGUUUUGUUGUUUUGUUGUUUGUUUUUCCUGUUAAAAACCUAGGGUUUGUCAUUAGAUUUGUACUGGAAACCGAUGGCUGUGAACAGAGGUUCUGGGCUCUCGCGGAGGAAACGGCAAGAGCCCCGCGGCUUCCUCCGCCUCUCCCGCCGAGCGCACGAGCGAAGGGGAUUUGCAGCGCUGCGACGGGAAGUCGCGCCCGGCCCGUGCUCGUGGCAGCGCUCCGCAGGUGCCAGCUGGCUGCCGCCGCUGUUUCCCUUGGCUCCUCGAGCCAGGGCACAGCCCGAAACCGAGCUCCUCCGAAAGGCGCUGCUGGUUUCCCUGGGAAGAUGCCGUCGCUAGGACUUCCCUGUGUUUGUUGUGGAGGGACGACCCACGCCUGAAAACCUACCGACGCGAGAGCGUGGGAGAGCAAUCGGUCCUGGAAACGCUUGCAAAAUCAGAUCUCCGGUGACAGGACCUAACCAAGUCUCUGCGUGUAUGUGUCUGUAUAUGUGUGUCUGUAUACGUAUAUGUGCAUGUUUAUAUGUGCAUAUACAUAUAUAUUUCCCUCAGUGGUGGUAUUUAUUUUUUUAAUUUAUUUAAGAUUUUCAGUACAAUCUGGAACAUUGUCCUCCCUGUCAGUUGACAAUUGGAUUUUCUGUCAGUCUGUGAGAAGCCCGUGAGCUUUUCUGUCUCUGUGCCUUUUGCCAGUGCUUUUUUUUUUUUCCUUCUUCCUCUUUUUUUAAUGUUGUUUUGCUCAUUCGUUGCUUUUAAGGAAUUUUUGCUCUACAUCUGGCACCUCAGAUUGCUGCUGCCGCUCUCCGCAGAGAGCGGCUUUCCUCCGGCGGAAACGCGAUGUGGUCACUUCACUGUAUGCAGGUCACUGCUCCCUUGAGGCUGGCCAGUUGCUCCUGAGGGCUUUUCUUUCCUCAUUCAUGAGGGCUGCCUCCUGCCCACAGUUUUGUUUCCAUCCCCCCAAAUGCCCUGGUUGCCUUGCUGUGGUGGAGCACGAGACCCAGCGCUCCUGAUGUGCAGCACAGCUCAGCUCCUGGGUGUUGCUCUCCAGGCCCCCCCGGGCGCUGCAGAGACCAUCGUUCAGCUCCAGAUAUCCCCCAGGAACCUGGAGUCACUGGGGCCGCUCUCCCCGCUGGCUGGACCCCACCUUGUCCCGCUACUCGAGUGCGGCUAGUUUCCCCACUCCCAAACCAAGCUCGGAGGCCAGGCUCCAGCAAACCCAGCACAGUCUCUGCAGCUUUGAAAAGCAAGGAUAAGGGGUAUUUCCAAGCACUGUUGUGUACUUCUUUUCCUCAAAGGUUACAGCACUUGGUUGUUCUUUGCUUUAUACCGAUUGCAACUUUUUUCAAUGUUUUUUGUUGUUUCGGGGACUUAAGUUGUACCAAACUGUUGUCUGCAAUAGCCAAUUGAUGUUAUUUUGCUAUGCAUUGUACAUAUUGAAAAGGCUGAGAGGACUUAGCCUGUUAUUUAAUAUUUAUUUCUUCUAUUUAUUGAGCAUUACUUAAAGCUGUUUGGGUCUUGCCACUGGGUCCAUGGAGAUAGGAGUCUUUCAUAACAAAGUGAGGUGUUGCCAUAUACGCUGGAGAGAGGUUAUCAGAGAGGCAAGUUACUCUGGCAUCUGCCAGAAAGGAGGCAUCUGGCAGGCAAAUGAGGCUUACAUGGGGCUCAACCACCAGUAAUUUAGGGAGAAACCUCAUUUAAAUGGAUAUGAACAGAGCAGGGGAAAAUCCUCCAUCUCUUUGCACCAGUUUCUGUUAACAAAUCGCAGUUCCUCGGAAAGGUGCUAGGCAUUUGGAAGCGGCAGGCCAGCCUGCAGCUGAGGCACUGCUGGAGAGCGUGAACUUGCUCUUCAUCCUCCGUGCCGUACAGCACAGCCUGGAUCACCAAAGAUCCCCCCGAGAUCUCUGAUCUCUCCCCACUGAUCCCCUCGUGGCUCUUGGUGGUCAUUGUGGGGAAAGGGGAGGAUUACCGCCCCUUCAUCAGCGCAAGGAAGAGCUCAGGGAAGGCAGAGUGCCUUGCCUCAGUGGCACAGCACGCUUCUACCAGGCGCUGAAGCAAGGCCCCGGGAUGUCCACCCCACCGCCUCCUGGAGCCGUUCUUCCUUGUGUUGUGCCCUGCUUUGCUUCUUUCCCAGGCCUUUCCCCAAAAGCGAGAUCGGGCAAGGUGGCCAUGCCAGGACUGGAGCUUUCCUCGGGCUUCCUCACCCUGGUUUGAAACAAGGCACGGGAUGCACUAGAAAUGUAAGCUGUUUCAGUGCAACUUCACUGAAACCACGGUCGCUGCCGUGACAGCUGGAGUGGGACACGCUUGCCCUUCCAGGCCGGGUGCCAAGGUUCAGCUCCCUUCCAGCGCUCGGGAAGCAACUGGGGUGGCAAGUGUGCUGAGCUCCUCCUGGGUGGCUGCCAGGAGCCGGGGGGGGGGGGCUCAGCCUUCUGUGAAAUCAGGCUAUUCAUUUGAACAAGAGAUGGAUUUAGGUGCCUAACUGAAGACUUUGCCCUUUAGUGUCCAGUGGGUUUUAUUACUUCUUUACUAGAGAAUAAAUAAUUCCUAUGACUUUUGCUGCUACCUGGAAGUUUGCACGUGACCAGGAGGCUCUUGGAAGCACUGGUGCUUCCACUGUUGUAGUCAAAGCUUUGUCCUGAAACGUCCUGCUUGUCGUCUUAGGAGGCAGCAGGUGGUUUUCUCUAGAAGCCCUUGGUUACUGGUGCAAGGAUGUCACCUCCAGAGGUCCGGGGCACCGAAUCUCACGUGGGAAAGCUGAGUUAUUGACUUUUGGGCUAUUCCUCAGAGAACAAUAUCCUGAACCUCCUCAGCCCGGGAUCCUCAGGGCCCCAGUGGCAGGUCUCCACGUGUGAAUGCCAGGAACUGGGAAGACUUAGAACGAAGCAAAGACAGGAGAAAAGCCGCUAGGGAAAUGGUGUCUCUGUUCUUGCCUGUGGGUCAAUUCCUUACCAAAUUAUACCGGCACAUCUGUUCAUUUGACUGCAUUGUAAAACUACCUUCGAUCUCCAUUGAAACACAUACUGUAUUCUUUAGUCUUCCUGAGGUAUUUAAGUUGUUAGCCUGUUUAGAAAAAGGGUCCAAAUAAAGGUUCAGACAGUAUUUAGUUCUCGC